AUGACGUCCAUGUGGAAGGCACAGAACGCAUCGUUGAAGCGGCCGCAAAAUACGAUGUUGAUAGAUACAUUCACGUCUCCUCCCACAGCGCCAACCUACAAUCUACGUCCGAAUUUUACGCUACUAAGGCAAGUCAAUUCCCUUUUGCUUUGUUGUUUGUUGGGGGCUGGAUCUCACAUGCGCUAUCUGUCUCAGGCUCGAGGUGAGCAAGUGGCCAGGCGUGUUUUUCCGGAAGCCACCCUCGUUAGACCAGCACCAAUGUUCGGGUUCGAAGACAAUUUACUUCUCAAGCUUGCCUCCGUUCUUAACCUGUUCACUGCCAACAACAUGCAAGAAACAUUUUGGCCAGUUCACUCAAUCGACGUUGGCGCCGCAUUGGAAAAGUUGCUCUAUGAUGAUUCCACGACCGGUCAAACCUUUGAACUCUAUGGCCCCAAACAGUAUAGCAUGGGACAAAUCGCUGCUAUGGUAGAUAAAGAAAUCUUCAAGCAGAGACGGCAUAUAAAUGUUCCCAAACGCAUUCUCAAGCCCAUUGCUAGUGUGUUAAACAGAGCACUUUGGUGGCACACAAUUUCGGCCGACGAAGUUGAGCGAGAGUUUAUGGAUCAGAUCAUCGACCCCACGGCCAAGACAUUUAAGGACCUCGGUAUUGAACCUGGAGACAUCGCAGACUUCACAUAUCACUACCUGCAAGGAUUCAGAAGCCAGAACUAUUACGACUUGCCCCCCGCAACAGAAAAGGAGAAACGAGAGGACAAGAAGUAUAUCCACGUGCUGGAUGAGUUGUAG